UGCGAUGGCACUGCAAAUGUUGGAUUAAAAGCAGUAUGCUGGACAAGAGUGAGGUGGCAACUCUAGGCCUACCUUCAACCACCAGCCAUGGCGGCUCUGACAGCAACAUCAGUUCGGAUGGAGCAGGGGCGGCGGCGGCAGCAGUGGCUGGGGUUGCAGGAGCAGAGGGUUCAGGGGCCAGUGAGCCGCAGCGGACGCGCGCAGCUCUGGAGCACCUGCAGCAGAAGAUCUUGAAGGUCACAGAGCAAAUCCGUGUGGAGCAAGAGGCCCGGGACGACAAUGUGGCAGAGUACCUGAAGUUGGCUCACAACGCAGACAAACAGCAAGCGUCUAGAAUCAAGCAGGUGUUCGAGAAGAAGAACCAGAAGUCUGCUCAGACCAUUGCACACUUGCACAAGAAACUAGAACACUAUCACAAGAAGCUAAAGGAGAUAGAGCAGAAUGGACCGGCCCGGCAACCCAAGGAUGUCCUGCGAGACAUGCAGCAAGGAUUAAAGGAUGUGGGGGCAAAUGUUCGUGCUGGGAUAAGUGGCUUUGGAGGCGGGGUGGUUGAAGGGGUCAAAGGUGGAGUGUCGGCCCUCACUCACACAGCCGUGGUCUCAAAGCCGAGAGAGUUCGCCAGCCUGAUCCGAAACAAGUUCGGCAGCGCCGAUAACAUCGCUCACCUAAAGGACACACUUGAGGACGGAGUUGGGGGCCAUUCUGAGGACACCCCUACGCCUCGAGCUCUGAGCGGGAGCGCCACUUUGGUGUCCAGCCCCAAGUACGGCAGUGACGACGAGUGCUCCAGCGCAACGUCUGGCUCCGGAGUGGGCAGUAAUUCAGGUGGGGCCGGCGGAGGAGGUGGCAUGUUGGGGCCGACGAUGGGGAGCCCCCGACUGGAUGGGCACCACCACCACCACCAUCACAUGCCUAAUUCUUGGGAUGCCCUGCUGGAGGGCCUGCAGGAGAUCAAAGCCAGCCAAACGCACAUGGAGGACGCCAUCGAGGACAUGAAGGGCCAGCUGCAGAGUGACUACUCCUACAUGACGCAGUGUUUGCAGGAGGAGAGAUACAGAUACGAGAGACUCGAAGAGCAGCUGAACGACCUGACUGAGCUGCACCAGAACGAGAUGACCAAUUUGAAACAAGAGCUCGCCAGCAUGGAGGAGAAAGUCGCCUACCAGUCCUAUGAGAGAGCGAGGGACAUUCAGGAGGCCGUGGAGUCGUGUUUGACCCGCAUCACCAAACUGGAGCUUCAGCAGCAGCAGCAGCAGGUGGUUCAGCUGGAGGGAGUGGAGAACGCCAACGCUCGAGCUCUCCUGGGGAAACUCAUCAACGUCAUUCUGGCCCUCAUGGCCGUGCUCCUGGUCUUUGUCUCCACCCUGGCCAACUUUAUAACCCCGCUGAUGAAGACCCGAGCCCGGGUCGGGGCCACCGUGCUGCUGACCCUGCUUCUGUUCAUCCUGUGGAAGCAAUGGGCCUUUUUGGAGCCGUGGGUACUGCCCAGUUAAAGACAGAUUCAUGUGAGGGACCAGACCAGUGUCAUCAGCACUGAAGGACCAAACUGAAGCAGAGUAAAACCUGAUGGGGGUGGGGGGUAAUGCACAUGUUCCCUUUUUGGGGUUAA